AUGAGAAAAUUAAUGCCAACAGACAGAUACACGUGUCUAUUUUACAAUGAGAAAAAUGCCACAGCAGAUGCCAAAACAAGUCUGAGUAUGUUUUUUUUUGUAUUACUGAAAUGGAGUCUUAGUUUUUUGAAUAAUCUCUGAGAGGUUAGGUUUUUCCAUGAUUUUUCUAAAAAUGAAAUUUAGAUGCACUGCAUUUAUUAGAUACGUCAUUGUAUUUUUCUUUAAAUAAGAAAUCGGUUAGGUCUAACACGGCAUUCAAUACUACACUCUGUUAUUUGAUCUUCGAUUCCGUUUUCUAGUGACGACAAGAAGCUAGAAAAACUGGAAUAUAAAGUAAAUUUUUGCGAAUGUAUUUUUUAACUGAAUGGGUAUAGAGUUGUGUUCCGUUAUCGUUGUGGCAUUUUUAUGUCUUUUAUAUUUGUUGCCUGCAUUUUUAUGUUGAGCUGUUGUCAACUGUGGUGAUCCUGGUACCCCAUCAAAUGGAUACAAACAUGGUUCACGAUAUUGGACUGGUGAAUCUGUGUCGUUCGUUUGUGAUCCACAAUAUCACUUGACUGGUCCAGCUACUAGGACGUGUUUACCCUCUGGUAACUGGAGUGGAACACAGCCUUCAUGUAAGGAAUCCUAUAAACUGAUUUUAACAAAAAUGAUACUCGAGAAUAAUUUGUAUGAUAAUGGCUUCGAUCAAUUCUUACCAAAAUAAGUUAGUCUAAAUGUUAAAGCUAAGCAGCAGCGUCUAAUAUCCAUCACUAAAGAAAAGAUAUUUUAACAGUAAAUCCCCAAAGGUUACAAAUCUGAUUCUGAAAUGAUUUUAAUUCAAGGUCGGCGAAUGUGCCCCGCCUUGGAUAAUCCAGAGCACGGUUUUAUUCAUGGAAAUCAUUUUUGGGAAGGAGAGAAUGUGUAUUUCAGUUGCAAACCUGGUUAUUGGCUGACUGGAUCUUCAGAUCGUCACUGCUCGUCGAAUGGUACUUGGACUGAAGAAAAACCUAAGUGCAUCGUACUUGGUAAAUAUGAUAACAGUGAUGCUUUCAAAAUGUUUUGUUUGCAGUUGUGCGUCUUAUCUUCCAAGUGAGAUUUACGGUAAGUAACUAGAGGGUUAAUUAAAUAGAAUAAAAAACAAUCAACAAACUGACAGAUGACCAUACAAAAGACGCCAUUUCAAUCAAAACACUAAAAAUCCCAUGUUGCAAAAGCUUUUGUAUAAAAAUAUUUAUGAACAGUUACUAAUAAAGUUAUUAAACGUAAAGAGCUAAAUCUUUUGAGAAGUUCCCUUACAUAUACUUUCCAGAACAAUAUAAUACAAUUUUGUGUAAUACAAUUUUUAAUUAUGAUAUUUUAAUAUUAAUUAUAAUUUUAAAAUAUUUUUCAGUUCUCAUUAAAGGUUAAUCGGGCUAACGGGCGAAAGUUCAACUAUGAUGAAAACUUUAAAUCGAGGAUGUUAAAGAAUAACUUUAUUUCUUCCUUAUUUUAAAGAAAUUACCAUGGAAUCAAGUAUCCUCCAGAGCAAUGGCUUCCUUUUCAAUAAUCUCAAGAAAUUUUUGGAGCAACCAGUUGGUAUUAAUCCGUCUUGGAAGCUGUGUUACCGCGCCUCCGUUUACGGCUGGGGAGCAAGUACAUUUCACAGUGUCUGUGAUGGGAAGACACACACUGUUACGUUGAUCAGGAAAGGUGCAUUCGUGUUUGGAGGAUAUACAGAUAUAGCUUGGGGUGAGAAUAUACCAUAA